UUGCGUCCUUGAGAUAGAACACUACACUGCGUACAGCACACAGCACCACUAAUAAACCAUCGGCAUCGAGUCUGCAGUACAGCACAGAGCAGAGCAAGAGGCCGUCAACGAUGGCUUCCGCUGCGCUGCCAGAGGCCGUCGAGCCCGGGAAGAAGGGCAACGUCCGCUUCGCCUUCGCCUGCGCCAUCCUCGCCUCCAUGACCUCCAUCCUUCUUGGCUAUGAUAUCGGAGUGAUGAGCGGUGCGUCGCUAUACAUCAAGAAGGACCUGGGAAUCACCGACGUGCAGCUGGAGAUCCUGAUGGGCAUCCUCAACGUCUACUCCCUCAUCGGCUCCUUCGCCGCGGGACGGACGUCCGACUGGAUCGGCCGCCGCUACACCAUCGUCUUCGCUGCGGUCAUCUUCUUCGCGGGCGCCUUCCUCAUGGGCUUCGCCGUCAACUACGGGAUGCUCAUGUUCGGCCGCUUCGUCGCCGGCGUCGGCGUGGGCUACGCGCUCAUGAUCGCGCCCGUGUACACCGCUGAGGUGUCCCCCGCGUCGGCCCGCGGCUUCCUGACGUCCUUCCCGGAGGUGUUCAUCAACUUCGGCAUCCUUCUGGGCUACGUCUCCAACUACGCCUUCUCUCACCUCUCGCUCCGCCUCGGCUGGCGCGUCAUGCUCGGCAUCGGCGCGGCGCCGUCCGUCGUGCUCGCCCUCAUGGUGCUGGGCAUGCCCGAGUCGCCCCGGUGGCUCGUCAUGAAGGGCCGCCUGGCGGAUGCCAAGGUGGUGCUGGGGAAGACCUCCGACACGCCAGAGGAGGCCGCGGAGAGGCUCGCUGAUAUCAAGGCGGCCGCCGGCAUCCCACAGGAGCUCGACGGCGACGUGGUCGCCGUGCCCAAGAAACAGAACAGCGGCGAGGCGCGGGUGUGGAAGGAGCUCAUCCUGUCCCCGACCCCGGCCAUGCGCCGCAUCCUCCUCUCGGGCCUCGGCAUCCACUUCUUCCAGCAGGCGUCCGGCAUCGACGCCGUGGUGCUCUACAGCCCGCGCGUGUUCAAGGCCGCCGGCAUCACCAGCGACAACCAGCUCCUGGGCACCACCUGCGCGGUGGGCGUCACCAAGACGCUCUUCAUCCUGGUGGCCACGUUCCUGCUCGACAGAGUCGGCCGGCGGCCGCUGCUCCUGAGCAGCGUGGGCGGCAUGAUCAUCUCGCUGGUCGGCCUCGCCGCCGGGCUCACCGUCAUUGAGCACCACCCGGACGGCAAGAUCCCCUGGGCCAUCGGUGUGGCCAUCGCGUCCACCAUGGCCUACGUGGCCUUCUUCUCCAUCGGCAUGGGCCCCAUCACGUGGGUGUACAGCUCCGAGGUGUUCCCGCUGCACGUGCGCGCGCUCGGCUGCGCACUGGGCGUGGCCUCCAACCGCGUGACCAGCGGCGUGAUCUCCAUGACCUUCAUCUCGCUGACCAAGGCCAUCACCAUCGGCGGCGCCUUCUUCCUCUACGCCGGCGUCGCGGUGCUCGCGUGGGUGUUCUUCUUCACCUUCCUCCCGGAGACCCGCGGCCGGACGCUGGAGGCGAUGCACAAGCUGUUCGGCGCCACCGACGACGACCUGAAACCCCAGGACGGAGCCACGAAAGACAAGAAGCUCGAAAUGGCCGCCACCAACUAAUGACUUCAAAAUAGAGGGUCUUAUUGAGGGGGUUCAUGCGAAGAACUUGAGCAGUAGGCAGCUAGCUAGCUGCCAUUGUUGCCAUAUGAGAUAGCUAGGGUGAAGUAACGUGGGAAGAUUCGCUCGCUGGUCCGGUGCAGCUGGAGAACGACAGCCAGCAAAGCUCGAUCAGGCCGGCCAGCUCGUGGCUCUUAAAGCUUCUUAAUUCAUUUCUAAGUACAUGCCCUGUGUUUCGUGCUUUGUUUUGUCCGUAAGAUGGGUGAGCUAGCUAGCAAGUUGUUGGAGUCGCUGUGGCCGCCAAUGGCAUGUUGCCGGGUGUGUAGUGUACAUUACUAGAGGUGUCAGUCACGUUAGUUCGUCCUGUAAUAACUAUAUAAGCUGUGUGUAACGGGUGGUGCUGUUGCCUCGCUGCACGAGUCAUGGAGGCUAGAAAAUUGGUAGUGGUUUACUGAGGGAGUCAAGCAAGCCAUGGAGAAAGUGUAAUAAGGAAACGAUAUCUACCAUGAUCUAAUGGAUUUAAUUUGUCGUUCUGCGAUCAUGCGGAUAUUA